UGGCUGGGUUGCUGCUGCCGCUGGAUGGAUGGAGGCUAGCAGCUGCUGCAGUUGGAAGCUGUCGUUUCCCAGUGCCGCCUGCUAUGAGACUCUUCAGACAGUGAUGCGCAUGGCGAUACACCAAGCCGCCCCUCCACCGCCCGUGCGGGCGGGCGAUCGCGUGAGCAUUGUGGCGCCGGCGGGAGCGGUGGAUGACCAGCUGUUGAGGGAAGGGUGCGAGGUUCUGGCGUCGUGGGACCUCGUUCCCGUCGUGCAUCCGCAAGUCGCGCAGCGCCGAGCCUACCUCGCAGGCUCGGACCAAGCCAGAGCUGCAGCUCUGGUGGAGGCGUUUCUGGACCCGACCACGCGCGCGGUGGUGUGCGCCAGAGGCGGGUAUGGCUGCGCGCGUCUGCUGCCCCUGCUGGCGGACGCCCUCAGGGCGCAAGGAGAGGGGGAAUGGGAGGGCGGGGAUGAGAAGGCGGAAUGGGAGAGAUGCGCGGAGGCAGUGUUUGGGGAAGGAGGGGCGGAGGACCAGGGCAAGGGGGAUGAGAGCAGGGGGGAUGAGGGCAGGGGGGAGGCAGGCGAGUGGGUGCUGGUGGGUGAAGGAUUGGCGGGAUGUAGGGGUAUGUGUGGUGGCAUUAGAGGGAGCGCGAUUGUACAAGGAGGUCACGCAGUGAUGGGGUGUUCAGAAGCAGGGAGUGGCGGAGGGGGAGCAAGGGCAGGGAUAGCCGCAUGCCAUGGUGCUUGCAGACGCGGGGAUCACACAGCUUGCUGCACUGCUGACGUGGCACAAUGCCGUGGUACUGAUGUGGCUUCCUGUUGCAGUGCUGACGUGGCAGCAUGUGACAUGUCAUCCCUAAACUGCCGCCAUGCCAGCAAUUGGCAUCACGCCAGCAGCAGCCGCUCGGUGCUCUCCUGGCAAAUCCGCGAAAAGAGAUCCUUUGGCUUCAGCGAUAUCACUGCACUGCACAGUUUCUUCCAGGCGGAGCUCGCAGCGCCCUUCGUGUCCUUCCAUGCGCCCAUGCCAGCCACGCCUUUCUUCACCCACCAAUCAGCAAUUGCCAGCAGAGCAGCCCUCCGUGCGGCUCUUUUCGAACCCUCCCUGGCUUUCGCCUGCCCCCCCCUUCAGGGCCGCUCUCUGCAGCGUGGCUCGCUGGGCAGCUCCUCUCCCUGCCACCCAAACCGAGUGCGAGGCCAGCUACUGGGUGGCAAUUUGUCUGUUCUGGCGGCUCUGGUGGGGUCCAGAUGGGCGAUGGGCCGGCAAGGCACGCGCUGUUGCUGCAGUGGUGGCUGCAUGGGGGGCAGUGAUGCAGUGAUUCUGAUGCUUGAGGAUGUGAACGAGGAGGAGUACCGCGUGGAUCGCAUGGUGCACCAGCUGUUGCCCUCGCUGCUGCCACCCCCGCCGCCUGCGUGCCAUGCCACCGUGCACAGCAACUCCGAUGCUGCGUCAUUGAGACACGUGGGCCCACACCAGCCUGCAUGUGCUGCUACUUGUUACGGCGCACGCCAUGGCACAGGGGAGCACAUGACUGCCAUCUCGGGGCUGGUUCUGGGAAGCUUCACUAACUUUCAUGGCAUGAGUCGCGAGGCCAGAGACAGUGUGCGGCCGGUUGUGAUGGAGCAAUACGGAGGCGACUGGGAGCAGUGGUUCUGGCUGGGCCAGAUGGAGCUUCCUCAUUGGCUGCCUGUGCUCUCAGGGCUGCCCAUCGGUCAUACGGAGGACAACAGAGUGGCGGCUAUUGGGGCUCUGGUUGAGAUAGAUGUGGACAAUGGAACGUUGACAACGUUGUAGCAGUGAAGUUUUAAUGUUUGAAGUGCAUAAAGGUAAUAACAAGGCUCGACGCCAAUGCGUCGUUAGGGUUGCGUAGCAGCUUAAUAGAAUCCUGAAAUGAAAGAGCAAUUCUCUCAUGCGAAUAAAUAGGUAAGAGAGUUCGUUUGUAAGGUAAGCUAUGUGCAAUUGUUUUUCAGAUUGGAUAUGAGCGUGAACUGCCGUGCGCUCUCUCCUCUCUCCUCUCUCCUCUCUCCUAUCUCCUCUCUCCUAUCUCCUCUCUCCUCUCUCCUCUCUCCUCUCUCCAAUCUCCUCUCUCCUCUCUCCUAUCUCCUCUCUCCUCUCUCCAAUCUCCUCUCUCCUAUCUCCUAUCUUCUCUCUCCUAUCUCCUCUCUCCUAUCUCCUCUCUCCUAUCUCCUCUCUCCUAUCUCCUAUCUCCUAUCUCCUCUCUCCUCUCACCUCUCUCCUCUCUCCUAUCUCCUCUCUCCUAUCUCCUAUCUCCUAUCUCCUCUCUCCUCUCACCUCUCUCCUCUCUCCUAU